AGGAAAGUUCCCAAAGCGAGAUAUCCGCGGCGCGGCGCGGCGCGGCGCAGCGCGGCGCGCGGCCAGUGAUCCCGUGUGCGGCUCGCGUGUUGCGCGCGCGAGAGUGCGUCCGCGCCUCCCGCCGUCGGUGAGAGAGUGUGUGCGCGAGUGUGCGAGAGGACCAAGCCGCGCGCGCGAGUGGAAGAGAGCAGCCGAAGAGAGAUUUUCGCGGCGGUGGCCGACGAGGAGGCGACCAAGAGCAGCGGCUUCCGGCCUGUCGGCGCGGAGGCGGCACACCAGCCGAACGGUUCUACCGAGUGAGGAUGCUCGUAACGUCACCGACGCUCCUUACGGCGAGGGCAACGAUGACGACAUCGCGAGGCCUCGACUGAGUCGAGUCCUCGGCUUCGUCGUCGAGGACGAGGGGGAGGGGGAGGUGAAGGAGACAAACAAGCCGCCGAGACACUUUCCGCGAGAAUUGCGGCGUCGUCGACGGCGACCGACGACUCGCUACGUCGGUCCCGUCGCCACGACGGUAGUAUCGACGAGGGAGAGAGAAGGAGAGAGAGAGAGAGAGAGAGAGAGAGGGGGGGAAGGAGGGAAAGAGAAAGAAAACGUGCCGCCUGCAACGUCGGUGGCGCGAUCGUUAACCAGGUGUUGCGUCCUCGACGUCGUCGGUGUUCUCCGCGACGAGCCGCCGCGCCGGUUUGCCGACGGCGCGUCACGAGUCGGUUUGCCGUCGGUGAGCCGCGACGGACAAGAGCGCGGUAAAAGCCCCGACGGCAAUUCGCUCGCUGUCUGAGAGAGCUCGUGGGAGGUCCGGUUCGUCGGACUCUAGGGAAGCCCGCGCACCGCGAGUCUCCUCGCAGCGACGAUCCCGCGAGCGGAGCCGCGGAGGAAAACCGCUGCGGACCAAUGACUGUUCCCCGAGCGUGGUCGCCGCUCGACACUGGACAUCGCGUUCCGUGAUUGUCCACGUUGCCGACGGACGGCUGAGAAUACAUCGUAUAUCAUCAGUGACUGCUCUCGCGAGUUGCUCGAGGAGUCACCGGCCGACGAAGGCGGUCGCCGCCGCGUUCCCGUGCGAGCGUUCGCUGUCGACGGUGUACGGUGCGUCGCACACGCAGGACUUGGACUUGGCACCGUCCCUGUGGUCCCCGGUAACAACAUCCUUUCCUUGGGAGACUGAAGGAUCCCACCACCACCACCACCACCACCAUCUCCGCCGCCGCCGCCGCCACCGCCGCCGCCGCUGCCAUCGUCGUCGUCGUCGUCGUCGUCGUCGUCGUCGUCGUCGUAGUAUCGAUCCUCGGCCGUAACUAAACCGUAGAACGCGCGUAACGGAGACGUGCGAGGGGCUUUUGUCCUCGGAGGAUCGGUAUCCACGCUCGGCGGAUCACCCGGGGCCAGAGUCGUCGCCCUGCCCAAGGCCGUCCCUAUUAUCGGCGGCGGCGGCGGCGGCGGCGACGAAGCAGAAGCAGAAAAAGAGGAACAAGUACGGGGGGGAAACAAGCGCCAUCGCGAGAGCCAGUACCUCUCUCGCGGCCAAGACGCGGAAAGAAAAGUCCCGGGGGGAGAGAGCGAGAGAUAGCUGGUGACGUGACGGUGACGCCGGCCGACGGCCGACUUCCGCAGACGCGAACGCGACGCUAACCGCCGAGAUGCAAGUAGCAACGCUGUUCAGGGAGAGCGCUACCCUGCUGGGUGCCUCCAGCUUGGACCCCCCGCAGACCCACCAUCACCAGGGUAUGCACCAACCGCAGCAGCAACAGCAGCAGCAGCAGCAGCAGCAACAUCAGCAGCAUCAGCAGAUGCAGCAGCACGCCACCGAUAUGCACCUAGUCGGCCACCACAUGCAGCACCAUUACAAGAUGUCGUAUCCGUCACCGGUGCAGAACGGAGGACCAAAUGGCACGACGACGAUGAGCUGCGCGAGUUCUCAAGGGGUGAUGGUGAAGCAGGAGGCGAGGGACGACGGUUACGAGACGAGUCCGGACCUCGAGAUGAGGAGCACCGGCGGUGACAGCAGUCAGCAGUAUCACACGCCGCUGACACCACACACGCCGCACACACCGCACACGCCGCACACGCCCCUCACGCCGAUAUCGGCGACAGCGCAUCAACCCCAGCAGCCGGGCUCGACCGCCUCCACCCUCGGACAGGUCGCGAUAAAAUGCGAGACGCCGGUGGACCCGUACUCGUUCGUGGACGAGGAGAUGUCGAUGGGCGGCAUGAGGUCGGCGAGCAGUCCAGGCGGCAAUCCCGAGAACAUGACGGGUCCGGGCGGUGCCCAACCUGGCCUGGGUACACCCACGUCGACGCCGCCCGGGGCGCUGGCCGGACCGCAACAUCAUCAGAUGAAUCUCGUGAUGAACGGCGCCGUCAAUCCGCAGCUGGCCCAUCAGCCGAAGAAGCGCGGCCGCAAAAAAAAGUCGGAGAUGAUACUCACCCCCGAGGAAGCGGAGCUCGCGGAGGCCAAGAAGCGCGCCAAGACGUACAAAGAGAGGAAGAAGCACGACAGGUUCGACGGCAUGCCGGAAGAGGAAGUGAGCAAGCGCGUCCUGCCGGAUCAUCUCACCAACAACCUUGACAUUAUUAUAAUCGGCAUCAACCCCGGACUGUUCGCCGCUUACAAGGGACACCACUACGCCGGGCCUGGGAAUCAUUUCUGGAAAUGUCUACAUCUAAGUGGUCUCACGCCCGAGCCAUUGACAGCGGACGACGAUUACAAACUCCUGCGCCUCGGCAUCGGUUUUACAAAUAUGGUAGCACGCGCCACGAAAGGCAGCGCGGAUCUCACGAGGAAGGAAAUUAAGGAAGGUAGCCACAUUCUGCUGGAAAAGUUACGAAAGUAUAAGCCAAAAAUUGCCGUGUUCAACGGCAAACUCAUAUACGAGGUGUUUUCGGGGAAGAAGGAGUUUGGAUUCGGAAGACAGCCAAACCUCGUGGACGGCACAAAUACGUACAUGUGGGUGAUGCCUUCAAGCAGCGCGAGGUGUGCCCAGUUACCACGGGCUGCCGACAAGGUGCCGUACUAUGCGGCCCUGAAGAAGUUCCGUGACUAUCUGAACGGCACGAUCACGCAUCUGGACGAGUCGGACAUCGUCUUCGCCGACUCGAAGCUCAAGAAGAAGGAUCAGGAGCCGAUCGAGGACAAGAAGCCGGUGUUCAACGACGACUUGGCCGACGGCGAGGGCCGCAUCACGGAGAUCAACGGCGCUGGGGUGAAGCAAGAGUCGGGUGUGCAGAUACCUGGCAAGAAGAAGCGAGGUAGACCGAAGAAGAUAAAGAAUCCCGAAGAUCAGCCGCCGCCGGAUCCCGAAAAGCUGGACGCGAACGGCGAGGUCAUCAAGAAACGCCGCGGCCGCCCGAAGAAGAUACACCAGCAGCAGAAGCAGCUGGAGCGGGAGAACCGUGAGCGAGAGCAGCAGCAACAGCAGCAGCAGCAUCAGGCGAUGGGCCAUCUGAGCGAUGGCUACGGUAACGCCGUGCCGAAUUGCUUCUCACCGCCGUUGAUGUCGCCGCCGAAGACGUUCCCGCACAUGGCACCGUAUCCGCAGCCGAUGAACGACUCCGGCUUCUUCGGUCAGAGUAUGCAAGACAGCAGCCCGUACAACAUGAGUGCGAAGCAGAGCCCGGUGCACCUGCACCAGCACUACAGCCAGAGCCCCAAGUCCAUGUCGCUGUCGUUCACGCACUCGGACCUGUCGUCGGAGAUCAACACCGCGAUCUCGUCGGAGAACAACCUGGAGCCGUCACCGCUCACGUCGCCCAGUGUGGAGCACCCGGACUUUGAGCCACCCACCAGCAUGUCGCAGCAGAACAUGGCCAACGACCAUCGCCAGUACAAUCCUGCCGGCCCGGGACCAGACCCUACCGCCACCGGGCAUCACGGCAGCCCUGGAACACCCUCCCAUAACAGCUACGCCAAUUACAUGGGCUACCACGACCAGACGCCGGAGGCGCACAAUCCGCAUCCUCAUCAGACGACGUCGACGCCGCUUAGCCAGACCGCCGAGGACCACUCCCAUCACUCCCAUCCGACACCGCCGCACACACACCCGCACACGCCUACCCAUGUGGCCUCCAUGUCGCCACAUCACCAUCCGCACGAGCAGUACGGCAUCAAGAGGAACUCCGCUCAAGACGUGGCGUCCAAGAGCCUCAGUGAUCUGGAGUCCCUUGUGGACCAGAUCCCGAGCAUAGCCGAUGGCGGCGGCGGUAGUCAACGACUACAGCAUUCGCACUCGGGCAUGCCGGACGACAGUUUGGCCGAGAAAAUGGACGCUCACCAUCAGUCCUACAUGUCCGGUUUCGGUGGUAUACAAACCGCCGGCGGAAUGACCAAUUACAGCCCACCUUUGACUUCAGGUGGCGGUAUCUAUCCCGGCUCUCUGCACCAUUCGCCCAGCGACGGCUACGGCAGCCUGUACAGCAUGAACGGCCGUCAUCAUCAGGAAUCUCAGCAGCAGCAGCAGCAGCAACAGCAACAGCAGCAGCACCAACAGCAGCAGCAACAGCAGCAACAGCAGCAGCAGCAGCAACAACAACACAGCAAGUCCUACACGGUGGAAAAUCUGGCGUCCAGCAACUACACACCCAGCAUGAACCACGGCCAUCCCGGAAACUCGUAUCCCAACAUCAUACCCGGACCACACUACCCGGUGCCGAUGGGCUCCACCAACGGCUACCUGUUCAGCGGUCUCGAGUCCAGCCUGAUGCAGCGUACCUACGGGAUCGGCGGCAUGAGCGGCAUGGGCGGCAUGCACCCGGCAUCCGCUCUCGGCCACAUGCCCAAUCCGUACCCGUACAACGGCUCGUACUCGAGUUCCUUCGACGCUUACCCGGCGCCACCGGCUGGCAUACACGCCCCAAGCGCCAAUUACCCCGGCUACGUCGGUACGGCUGGCGCGGCGCCCAGCACCACCACCACGCCGCCGUCCUACCUCCCGUCGCACCACAGACCGCCGGUCGACCUCUCCUACGACGGUGUAUGAUAAUCGAUGUAAAGCGCGUUUCUCACCGCCCAACCACACCACCACCCCUUCGUCAUCCCUCUCCCCUGCUCCUCCCCUCCGCCCCUCAUCCCCCCUAUUAAUCCCCCCCCGCCUGCCGAUCGCCUCCCGCGCGCGAGCGACACACGACACGCGCAGCCGCGUUUAUCUUUUCUACGUAUUUUUACACACGUCUAGGCUCGUACUCAACGUCGGGGGCACACCGGUCGUCGCGCGUCGUCUUCUCGUCGUCGUCGUCGUCGUCGUCGUUCCCCCUUUGGAAUCGCCCGCGAGCUACCCAAGCGCAAGCGUUGGCGAGAUGCUACUUCGCGAGCGCUCUUUCGCUCUCUGUCUGUCUAUCUGUCUGUUUGUCUGUUUCUGUGGUGCCCUGAAACUCUGGUGCUAUCUGUGGUGCCGCUUCUUUUUCUUCUUCUCUCUCUCUCUCUCUCUCUCUCUCUCUCUC